AUGAGCUCUACUACAGAUAAGCCAAGCACAACUGCUAAGGAGCAAAUAACGACGACCGAAAAACCAGUAAAUCAAAAUAAGAAAACGUUGGAAGAAGACGAUGAAUUCGAAGAUUUUCUAGUGGACCAAUGGCCAGCCAGCACUACGUUGAAGGACUCAAAAGAAUUCCACACAAAUCUAUGGGAAGAAAGUUGGGAUGAUGUUGAGGUUGAUGAUAACUUUACCAAUGAUCUUAGAGCUGAAAUAGCGAAAUACAAACAAGAACACCAAUGA